AUGCCGCCUGCUGCAACUGCCAGAUAUGACUGGAUUCUUGGUAUCACGACUAUCGCUUUUGUCUUCAGCGCCUCCGGUAACGGAGCCAACGAUGUAGCCAAUUCAUACGCCACAUCUGUCGCUGCUCAGACCUUGACCAUGCCACAAGUCGGAGUCCUGGCGACUAUCACGGAGUUUGUCGGAGCUGUCGGACUUGGAGCCCGAGUCACGUCUACCAUCAAGAACGGCAUCAUCUCAAUCGACCGCUUCGAGGGCAAUCCUGGUGCUCUGAUGCUCGCCAUGGGAUGUGCUGAAGUCGCCAGCGCUUCGUGGUUGAUGCUUGCUACUGGAUUGGGCAUGCCGGUGUCGACGACUCAGACUAUCGUCGGAGCCCUUGUUGGUGUCGGUUUCGCUAGUGAGAGUCCGAUCAAGUGGGCUUGGGAAUCAGGAAGUGUAUCCCAGGUCGCAGCAUCAUGGGCUAUUGCUCCUCUGAUCGCCGCUGCAUUCAGCGCCCUCAUCUUCGGCUCGGUCAAAUACAGCGUUCUUGAACGCAAAGAGUCUUUCAAAUGGGCCAUGCGGCUGAUCCCAUAUUAUCUUGCCAUGACAGCUGCGAUCCUAGCACUCUUCAUUGUUGUUGAAACUCCUACUGCCCCGUCUCUCGAGGAGUUUGGUGCUGGGAAGGCUGUGGGCAUCAUCUUGGGCGUCUUCUUCGGCGUCCUCGCUAUCGCCUACGUCUUCUUCAUGCCAUACUUCAAGAGACGCUUGGUCAUGAAAGAUGCCCGCGUCAAGGUCUGGCAUAUUCCGCUAGGCCCCCUACUCAUGCGAGAGAACCCUCCAUUAUAUUUCCCCGGCAAUCCUGACAGUGAGUACAUUGGAGAAUACCAAGCCAAGGGAAAAUCGUUCUCCGACUCGCCUGGAGCCAGCCCAGACAUCAAAGGAACUAGCCCCUUGUCUCUGCAAGAACAGAGUCCUGAGAAGGUUGAGCCUAUGCUUGGAGACUCUUCUUCUGUGGAAAAGGGCCCAGAGCAGGCUCAAGGCAGGAUACGCAAGCGCCACAUUGGCCCUGAUGAGCGCUUCCUGCAAUCUCAUAAACAUCUUUCCGUCGCACAUCCGCAACGUCUCUGGGGCUUUGUGAAGUUCGGGCUUCUUCAAGGCGUGACUCGCGAUGUCAUUACCCAUGACACAGCAGCUAUGAGAGCUAUUCACGCUCGCGCCAAUAAAUACGACCCUCGGGUGGAACAUCUCUGGACAUACUGUCAAGUGGCGUCAGCAAUGAUGAUGAGUAUAGCACACGGAAGCAACGAUGUCGCAAACGCUGUGGGGCCCUGGGCUGCUGUAUAUCAAACGUAUCAAGCUGGCGAGAUUGCAACUACUUCUCCGACACCGGUUUGGUUUUUGGUAAUUGCGGGAUUUCUCUUGGGUGCAGGAUUCUGGUUCUAUGGUUACAAGAUCAUGCGUGCCAUGGGUAACAAGAUCACUCAAAUGUCACCGAGUCGCGGAUUUGCUGUCGAGCUUGGCGCUGCGGUCACAGUAUUGCUGGCAUCAAGAUUAGGAUUGCCAGUUUCGACAACUCAGUGUCUUACCGGAGCAGUCAUGGGGGUUGCACUAAUGAACUAUGAUCUCAAGGCUGUCAACUGGAAGCAGUUGUGCUUCAUCUUCAUGGGUUGA